AUGCACACAGCAACGUCGAGGCUUUGGUUGAUCGUGAUUUCUCUACGCUCCUCGCCGAAGAGGAUUGUUACGCCGGAAAGUAUAGCGGGUUCGCCUUAUCGUGCAUCGAUAGACUGCUCUUGGGUGUGUAAGAGUCACGCCUAUGGGGGAUCGUCGUACUUACCGUUGCCGGAAAGUAUUUUGAAUCGGAAGGCCGUUGUUAACCCUAAAAAUAUCGACCGGCAAUGCUUAAAGUGUGCGAUCCUCGCCAAACACGUACCGCACGGAAAUCGCACACGAGUAGGCACGAAUUAUUUGAGCGAAGAACACCGCUAUGACUUUUCCACAAUAUCAAUCCCCACUACCGUGUCGGAAAUAAAACAAUUCGAAAGAUCGAAUCCCGACACGACAGUCAAUUUAUACGGCGUGAGAAAAUGCGUGGAAAAUAAGAAUAACAAAAAAUCGAGCACAAAAUAUGCCGCAUACCCGCUGCGAAUCGCGGACGAGGAAAAAGCGGAUCAUUUCGACCUGCUGUUGAUUAGCGGGAAAGACGACAUGAAUCAUUAUGCGUUUAUUUCAAAUUUUUCACGUCUAGUGCACCGCAAAAAAAUAAUCAUCAACACCGCUUAUUUUUUUGUAAACUAUGUUUCACCAGUUUCGAGGACCGCCCAUUGA